AUGAAACCAUCCAUCUUCCUGGCCUUCCUCGCCCCGGUCGUUCUAGCCGACUCACAACCAUCCGCCGCUGGCGCCAGCCUCUCCUCCGACUUCGCGCACAACUCACCCGCCGUUUCAUUACCGGAACUCGCUGCGCGGGAACCGUUCGCUCCGUCCGCGGACCGCGAUCUACCGUUGGAUGAGAUGCGCUUGCUUGCUUCUCACUAUAUUCUCCAGGCGCGCAGUGAGGGUUCCCUCGGCCAGACCCCGUGGAUUGGCAUGGCUAUCGGGUUGACCUUUACUGCUCUGGCGGCUGUGAUGCUAGGGUGA